ACCCACCUCCCUAUGCAGCCCACCCCGCGUAUCUCUGGGAUCCAGCCCCCCGGCUGUACAGGGAACCCGCUCCGAUUGGGAUCUCCGGGGGCCCACGGCAAUGGUUACAGCUCUGGCCUGAGCCUGUGCACAUCAGGCUUCUAGUUCUGGUUCUGCCAACUACCUGCUGUGACAUUAGUCUAGCCCUUUUCCUUCACUGGGCCUGUUCCCCUGACCUAUCUGGUGCUCCCAUUCUGUGAGUUAGCGUCAGAGCUGCUCGGUUCCCUUCACUCUGCUGACCAGCCCAGAAACAGCUCAAACUCUUCCUCCUGCUGACAGCAGGUUUUAGGUGAAGUUUUGAGAAAGAAUAAAUUGGUGCCAUAGAGGGAAGUGAGGAAAAUCAGAUCCCAGAUCUUUGGGGAGAAAGACCUGUAAGGAGCAACACACCCUCCACCGUAGGCCAUCAGGUGGAAAAAGCAGCCAUCACCAGAAGGAGAAAUAGGAAGCAUCUGACUACCUACCUAAGCUUCUCAUUAGCCAUUCUAAAUGUAUUGAGGGCAUCAAAGGGAUGUCUCUCUGAUGGGCGGUGGUUAGAUCAGUGCUGCAAGAGAAGAGUGAGAAUUAGCCUUGAGUUUUGAAGGACUUCGAAGGCUAUGCAGAAUUUAGAGUCUGGACCAGAAAGAGGUUGAAAAGAGCUGGAGCUCACAGGCCUCCUAGGAUAAUAGUCCCAAACAGGCUGGUGCUGGUCUCCAGCUGAAGGCGUUCCCUCAGCUACCCAGGAGAUGUGGUUGUGAGGCCAAAUCCACAGACCCUGCGAGAAGAGGGCUCCCAGGGCCAUGGCCCAGGUCAGCAUCAACAGUGACCUUGGCGAGUGGGGCUCGAGCACGGACUCUGGGGAGCGGGCCCGUCUGCUGCAGAGUCCCUGUGUGGACACAGCCCCCAAGAGCGAAGGGGAGGCCUCUCCUGAGGGCCUGAGUAGAGGCACCACUUCCACAGUGGGGGCCAUCUUUAUCGUCGUCAAUGCCUGCUUAGGUGCAGGGCUGCUCAACUUCCCCGCGGCCUUCAGCUCUGCAGGGGGUGUGGCAGCUGGUGUCACGCUGCAGAUGGGCAUGCUGGUCUUCAUCAUCAGCGGCCUCGUCAUCCUGGCCUACUGCUCCCAGGCCAGCAAUGAGAGGACCUACCAGGAGGUGGUAUGGGCCGUGUGUGGCAAGCUGACAGGAGUACUUUGUGAGGUGACCAUUGCCAUCUACACCUUCGGUACCUGCAUCGCCUUCCUCAUCAUCAUUGGGGACCAACAAGACAAGAUUAUAGCUGUGAUGGCAAAGGAGCCGGAGGGGGGCGGCGGCAGCCCCUGGUACACAGACCGAAAGUUCACCAUCAGCCUCACUGCCAUCCUCUUCAUCCUGCCCCUUUCCAUCCCCAGAGAGAUUGGCUUCCAGAAAUAUGCCAGCUUCUUGAGCGUCGUGGGCACCUGGUACGUCACUGCCAUCAUUAUCAUCAAAUAUAUCUGGCCAGAUAAAGAGAUGACCCCAGGGGACAUCCUGACUAGGCCAGCUUCCUGGGUAGCCGUAUUCAAUGCUAUGCCCACCAUCUGCUUCGGAUUUCAGUGCCAUGUGAGCAGUGUGCCCGUCUUUAACAGCAUGCAGCGGCCCAAGGUGAAGACCUGGGGUGGAGUGGUGACAGCCGCCAUGGUCAUAGCCCUCGCUGUCUACAUGGGCACAGGCAUCUGUGGCUUCCUGACCUUUGGGGCUGCUGUGGAUCCCGAUGUGCUCCUGUCCUACCCCUCAGAGGACAUGGCUGUGGCUGUUGCCCGCGCCUUCAUCAUCCUCAGCGUGCUCACCUCCUACCCCAUCCUGCACUUCUGCGGGCGGGCUGUAGUCGAAGGCCUAUGGCUGCGCUACCAGGGGAUGCCGGUGGAGGAGGACGUGGGGCGGGAGCGGCGGCGGCGUGUGCUGCAGACGCUGGUCUGGUUCCUGCUCACCCUGCUGCUGGCCCUCUUCAUCCCUGACAUCGGCAAGGUCAUCUCGGUCAUUGGAGGCCUGGCCGCCUGCUUCAUCUUUGUCUUCCCAGGGCUGUGCCUCAUUCAAGCCAAACUCUCUGAGAUGGAAGAAGUAAAGCCAGCCAGCUGGUGGGCGCUGGUCAGUUAUGGUAUCCUCUUGGUGACCCUGGGAGCCUUCAUCUUCGGCCAGACCACAACCAACGCCAUCUUUGUGGAUCUCUUGGCGUAACAGCUGCCUCCCAGGCAACACAUGGCCUUUGCCACUGAACCCAGGAGCCCAUCUCUCAGAGCUGUGGGACCACUCUGAGUCCAGCAUCAUUCCCCUUUCCUGAUGGGAUGACAUCUGGACAUCCUUUUCCAGGGACAGUUUUGGAGUGAAAUCAGGCCUCUUACCUCUGGACAGCUCAAACCCAGCUCCCCUCCUGCUCUCUGGUCCCAGCAGUGUGAGGAUGCAGGGAGGAGGUCUCGUAUCACAGAAGAACCUUCCCUGUCUGCCAGCUCUCAGCUUCUCCAUGCCUGAAAAACAUGGGUGAAGAGGGUCAGAACAUCUCAGAAAAGAGAACCUGGCUUGACUUUCCUUUGGAGAAAGAGUGUGGGCAAAGGGCCACCGCCAUCCUCCUCAGAGCAGCCUGUCCUGAGCAGGAACCAUGCGUAUUACUCUGAGACUCAGUGCCUGCUCCAGUUUGUCAGCCGCUUGGCCAACAGUGGCUUCUCUGGGAUGGCAGCUUCCAAAGGUAGCACAAAAGUCAUACAGAUGCACAGAGGUAGAUAGAGUCAUGCCUCGUCCACCUCAGCCUGGGGCCUCUUUCCCCAAACCUGAGAGUCCAGGCAUUCUUGUCGUCUUCUAUCCCCAGACAUCAUCAAGUCUAAUGUUUACAAACGGUGCCAGCCCGGCUCUGAAGCAGAGGCCAGGGGCCAUACCGUGCCACCACGGUGCUGUGAGUACUCCUCAGUUAGCUUUUCCCUUGGCAGGAAGUCUACUUUGCUCUCUCAGAUUCCAGAUGUGCCCCGUGCUUCAGAGACACAGGGAGGGUGAUAAGUCUGAGAACCUUUCAAACCCAUGUAGGCUGGGCUGGUCAGUGUCAAGGUGAGCCUCUCUGAUAACUUCUCUUUCAGUGACUGCUUCUCUUCUUUUUUUUUUUUUUUUUUUUCUUUUUUUUUUGACUGCUUCUCUUCUGCUGGCCUUCUGCUCACCUCUCCUUGUCAACCCUAGCAGGAUAGCCCACAGAGAAGAACAGCUGAGUUGUCACUGACUGGGCAACAUUUUCGUGUAGUCAUGACAGUCUGGAAGUUUCCCUUCCAGUCCAGAUCUUGUCUGUUCCCUCCCUCUGUCGUUUCUUCACUCCCUACUCCAUUUUUCUGGUGCAGGCUUUCCUGCUCACAUAAGACUGAGGGUAGGGGGUAUGCAAGACCUUCUCUUGCCAGCUUUCUCAGCAUCACAGGUCCACCAGGCUUGGCCUCAGCGGUCUGUCAAUCACACUGAGGUCACACAUGGAUUGUGCCCCAGGUGGGGAGAAGAGGGACAUUUCUUUCUAGGUCUGCAGUCCCACUUUUCCCUUUUUGGCUGCUCACUUUGACCAAUCCCAGGCAUUGAAUCAGGCUUCCUCCACCUGGAACUCCCAACAUAUCCUUGGCCCCUUCUGCUCAAAACCUCUGUUCCAGGGGUGAGCAGGACCCCCACCCAGCACCCACCACUCAGGGCUGUGAGAUCGCAGAAGCAGAGGCUGGCUGGCUGGCUGGUGGCCAGAUAGACUUUUGCUCAGUUCCCAGACUGGAUGACCUGCCUUUCCUCAGAUCCACCCACAGCCCCUGGGGCCAGACCAGUGCUGCUGUGUUCUCUUAGCCUGUACUCAGCAUCAGGCCCUUCCAGUGCCCAUCCCUUCCAAGCUUAGGAUGGUCCAGUCAGCAGGGCUGAACAGCUUCCUAAUGUUGGAUUUCAGCCGAGGGAUGGAGGAUGUGAGGGGAGUCAUCACACAAAACAGACCAGUCAGGAAAAGGAGUGGAAUCUGGCCACUUGGCCUAACCUCGGGAGCCCCCUGCUCUGCCCUCCCCUCCAGGGUAUUUUACUGUUUCUUUUCUACUUGUACGCAUUCAUACCAGAGAGGGUGGUUAAUAAAAAGAGGCUGUGCUGCUGA